AUGAACGCUCCCGUUCUCCUCGUCCCACUCCUUUUACUUUACCUCGACGUUUUACACAGCUUUGCAACCAACAGGGCGGUCUUUCCAAGGAAUCCAUUCUCGUUGUUCUCGUCACCCAACAGAAAGAAAGCCGCCCCUGAACAGGCCCCCCAGGGGAAGGCUAAGAAAUUGAAGGAAAAAAAGAAGAAGAAAAAAAAUAUCGCUCUGGAAAGGCUGAUUUGCGAGCAUGCAGAGAAGGCGGAGAAAGUGGAAAAGAGAGAAGUGUCGGACAACCCCAGUGUAGACGUCGACAAGGAAAUUCUUGAAGGUAAACGUGUACCAAGGCUAAGAAUUAAAAACACUAAUAAACAUAUAUAUGCCACAGUGGUGGACGAUUACAGGAGACACAUUCUAUGCUUUUCUUGUUCGAGAGAUCCAAACCUAUCUGGUGUGUUGGGCACCUACAGAAAUAGGACAACCAACAGAGUCGUGAAUAAUGGGAAAACUAUUAAAUCCGGGUGGGAAAUUGGAAAGGACAUCGCCAGGAAGGCAUUAAAUAAAGGUAUUUUCAAGGUCAGAUUUGAUAGAGGGAAGUUCAAGUACGCCGGGAAGGUGGAGGCGUUAGCUGAAGGGGCCCGCGCCGUGGGAUUAAUGCUAUGA